UAUUUCACGCCACUUGAGGAACGAUUCGCGUGGAGUGGACGAAGACUUUGUCAUUCAUGCCCCUCCCAUCCUGGAAAUUAUGCCUCUACUUUGUCCAGAAACUGGACCCUCUGUAUCCUGGCUCAGGCCUAGUCCUGCAGCAGGGAAGAGGUUAGGAAGGGGUGAACUGAGCAAAAAGUGUUUGGAAUCGGGGAUAUCGCGUAAGAAGCUGAAUGGCACUUCCCCUGAGUAGGUUGCUGUCGUCCUUCACAACAAAUGGGCGUUGAUGGUGGAAUUGCUUAGAAGGUGGAUUCCCAUUAUUGUCCCAGUUGCUUAGAAAAUAUGCCAUCAGCUGAAGCCAAACUGAAAAAGAACAGAUGCACCAACUGCUUUGACUGUCCUGGCUGCAUGCACACCCUCUCCACCCGGGCCACAAGUAUCUCCACACAGCUUCCAGAUGACCCAGCCAAGACCACCAUGAAGAAAGCCUAUUAUCUGGCUUGUGGAUUUUGUCGCUGGACAUCUAGAGAUGUGGGCAUGGCAGACAAAUCUGUGGCUACUGGUGGCUGGCAGGAACCUGAAAAUCCUCACACUCAACGGAUGAACAAACUGAUUGAAUAUUACCAGCAGCUUGCUCAGAAAGAGAAGGUUGAACGAGAUCGCAAGAAACUGGCGCGGCGUAGAAACUAUAUGCCUUUGGCUUUUUCGCAACAUACUAUUCAUGUAGUGGACAAGUAUGGUCUUGGAACCAGGCUUCAGCGACCACGAGCUGGUGCAACCAUCAGUACCCUUGCUGGACUUUCCCUUAAAGAAGGAGAGGACCAGAAAGAGAUAAAGAUUGAACCAGCUCAAGCUGUAGAUGAAGUGGAACCUCUGCCUGAAGACUAUUAUACAAGACCAGUCAAUUUAACAGAGGUAACCACCCUUCAGCAGCGCCUCUUACAGCCUGACUUCCAACCAAUCUGUGCUUCUCAGCUCUAUCCUCGUCACAAACAUCUUCUGAUCAAACGGUCCCUGCGUUGCCGGAAAUGUGAACAUAAUUUGAGCAAGCCAGAAUUUAAUCCAACAUCUAUCAAAUUUAAAAUUCAGCUGGUUGCUGUCAAUUAUAUCCCAGAAGUGAGGAUCAUGUCGAUUCCCAACCUUCGCUACAUGAAGGAGAGCCAGGUCCUCCUGACUCUUACAAAUCCAGUGGAGAACCUCACCCAUGUGACACUGCUGGAGUGCGAUGAGGGGGAUCCUGAUAAUAUCAACAGCACUGCUAAGGUGGUGGUGCCUCCCAAAGAGCUUGUGUUAGCUGGCAAGGAUGCAGCAGCUGAGUACGACGAGCUGGCAGAACCCCAGGACUUUCAGGACGAUCCUGACAUCAUAGCCUUCAGAAAGGCCAACAAAGUGGGUAUUUUCAUCAAAGUGACCCCACAACGUGAGGAGGGCGAAGUGACCGUGUGCUUUAAGAUGAAGCAUGAUUUUAAAAACCUGGCAGCGCCCAUCCGCCCCAUCGAAGAAAGUGACCAGGGCACAGAAGUCAUCUGGCUCACUCAGCAUGUGGAACUCAGCUUGGGCCCUCUUCUUCCUUAAAAGGUUUCACUGGUUUGGCCAGAUCCCAAAAGACCGUAUCACCACCAACCUGUGUUAAAAUGUGGAAGCUGCUGCUUCAUUAGGCCUUGUUUAUAACGAUGUACCCACGCACUACUGAAUCCUGUUCCUGGGAGGGUGGGGACAUAGGCAAGGCAUUAGGAACUCGGGGUAACUGCUGUUCCUCUUGCUCUCACUUCUGAUAACACCAGUAAAUCUGUCUCCCUCACUGAACCCUGCACGUUGAAUAACAACAGCAUAGUUCCAUCCCAAGAAAGGGGGUGGCUGUUCCUUGGAGUGGCAUUAGAUUUACCACUUGAGAAACUGACAUACUAUCUCCUGAUCUGAUCUCACAAAGGAUCAUAAGUUCACAAAUGAAACUUAAAAUGAUAACUAAAAGAUGGACCUGCUGGCCACAAUCCAGCCUUGGUCUCAAUGUACCAACUGCUUUCUGCAUUCCAUUAGGUAUAAUCUAACAGUCAACAUAUAUCCCUGCACUUGCCAUCAUCCCAUAGAUUUCCAUUUGACAGAGAAAUAAAAUUGUCACAUUGUCUUUAGUUUUAUUGACUGGAAAUUCUUAAGGCACACUCAUUCACUCUCUUCUGAGUGAAUACAGGAUGCUUGCUUAUUGGUUGCUCUUAAAAUUUUUUUCCCAGUAUAAUAUGGAACUUUUUUAUUUUUUAAGACGAAUUUUAGAAGCAGGUACUUUGCAUGUUAUGCCAAGAGGGUGGUAAAUUCCAUUCACUUUAAAUUUUGCCACAAUAUCCAGGGAUUAAUGCUUUCACAGGGAGGCAAUCUUUGUAUGUCUUACUUCCUACCCCUUCUCUGUUCUGCCUCUUUAACACAAUAGAUUGUUCUGAGUAUUUGGGACCUGGAAAGAGUCCAAAGAAAAUUUGGUGGACAAGGUCACUUUUGGAAUGCAGAAAACAUUUUAAAGAUUAGUUUGUUAGCAUGAUCUAAACUAAUGUUCUUUCUACUGAUUCGAAGGGGAGAGUAACAAUUAGAAGCUCUUGAAUCUAAAACUGGACAUUAAGGAAAAGAACCUUUCCCCUUCCUGAGUUUGACUUUUAUCAUAUGGUAUGUCAAAUAAGACCAUUUUGAUUAGAAACCGUAAAAUAGCUCAGCAAGUAGCCCAGAACACUGUCUAGCAACACACAUUCUGUUUUCAUUCCAUGUCCUGGAGUUGGGUUGUUAACCUGAAUUUCUGUGAUGUUUUCUAAAAUGAGACUUGACAAAGUAGACCACCAGCUGCACCACAUUUUCUGUAAAUGCAUUGUUAGCAAGUAGCCAACAAACUUUUGGUGAAAAGAGAAAUUUCCUGUUUACCGUGGUUUUGUUUUUAAGUUCAAGCCUUUAGUUUAAAAAAAAAAAGAUAUAUAGUUAUCCAGAAUAUAGACAGGACUUAGUAUCUUGUCAGCUACCCCUGGAAGAUAAAAAUAUUUAGGAAGCUUUUGAAAGACACUAAGUAGUACUCUUAAGGUCAAACCAAUUUUAUGAAACAAUAUUACACAGAGUAAUAUGUUAUAGUGUAAGAAAAAAUACUCAUCUCUAAUAUUAUGACAAUAAUAAGGUUCAGCCUCUUAAAAGUUGGGACAGGGGUUGUGUGAUUACAAAAUUGCAAACUAUGGACAUAGUUUAAUUUGUGACCCCACAGAGUGUCAAAUUAAUUUUUAUAUCACUACCUGCUCGAACCUACUGUGAAGCCACUGCUCUCAUGAGCCAGUGGAGCAAAGGGCAUCAAAAUAGAGAACAGCUUUCUUACUUUACACAUUUGCAUAGAUUACACACACAGUUGUAUGUCGUGCAUUUAUGGCCUAUAGCUGGUAUGGGUUCCCAGAAGUAAUAAGGUUGAAGUAAUGGGUCUCAUUACCCACCCUGUGACACUGAAACACAAAAACACUUUUGAUCAUAGAAUUUUCACAAAAACACUUUUGAUCAUAGAAUUUUUUUUUUCCUUCAGAAGCCAAACUAACUUGCAGAAUAACAGCCAUUGGUUUAAUGUUUCCUCAAAAUAGUUUUCAGUGCAAGCUGGUAUUCUGUGUCAGUAGACAUGGUUCAACACCUGCAGCCAGUGAAUUUGGAAUUCUCUUUGUUGCUUUUGUGUAUUAGACUAGAUUUAAUGCAGUCAGUGUGCACCAGAGCAGGCGAAUUGGAUGUCAUUGGCACUAGAGACUAGAAUUUUGGAAACUUAAGGUGAAGUUUAUUUGGAUUUGUGAUUUGAUUAGCUCACCAAAGUUUUCUUUUGUUCAAAGUGCUUGUAGGCAUAAUGAGCUAAAUGUCGUGCAUAUUUGUGAAGAAACAUCUGUUUUGGUCCCUUUUGGGAAUGAGGGGGCACUCCAUGAUCUUUGUGAAUGCCAGGUUCCUAUUUUGCCUUAUUGCUUAACAUAAUGUAGUGAAAUAAAGCAGA